UGUUCAAAACCGCAACAAAAUUUACACAGUUACACAAAAUGAAACUGGCAAUGGUAUCACAACUGAGCCAAGACUUUGUGGUGAUGUUUCUCUUACCACACCGAUGGCUUGACUUAAUCUGGGAACAGUGAGUAUUACAGAGUAGACCAUCCCUUCGUUAAAAGAAGUAUUCUUUUCAAUCUCGGUGAAUAGCGGCAGCAUAUUUACCUCGAUAUCAAAUAAUAAUUGUUAGUUACAUCGAUUUUGUUAGCUUAAGCUGUGGUUACGAGAAAAGGUGACUUUAUUAUUAAAUGUCACAAUAAAGAGUCUCCUAAUAAUAUGGCCGCUAAUCUUUAAAUACGUUUCGUGCCGUACGACAGUUUUGUAGUUUUGCAAAUGUUAGCCUUGAUCGCGGAUGAAUUUUAUCGCAUGCCUCUGACUAAUGCUAUGCUAUGCAUAUAACUCUAUGGAAAAUUCAGAUCGCAUACGGUCAAUAUUUGGGCGAGUAUAAAUCGAAUAAAAGAAAUAAUGAGGUUUGCGCCCUUGGUAGCACCAGUGGGAGACGCCAGGGUUUUUUUUUUCGGUUUACAUGCUCAAACUCUUAAUGAACGGAUCGCGUGAUCUGCUUGGCGUGACAUCUACUCAAAUGUAAGACAUUCAAAUGCAGUCACGAAAUCAGACUGAUCACGCAACUACAUGCCUUGUAUGCCAUUGAUAUAUAUUUUAAAAGAAUUUAGUGAGGGAGAGGUGGAUGGUUUUAAAGUGUUCAUAUGAGUAUGAAUAUUGCAGUUUGAUUAAUAAUAAUGAUCCCGUAAGUCAAGGUGUCCUGAGAGCUCCAGAGAGUAUCUUUUCUCACACGCGGACGAUGAUAUGCGAGCGUUCGAUACCAGUCUUUUCUCGGAAUUCCUUCUGACGAACCACUGCCUCUUACGUCUGACCCAGUUGGCAACAUAAUUUGUUUGCAGCGUAAUGGCCGAGGUUAAAGAAAAAUUAGAGCACUUGGCUACCCUUGACUUUGAGAGCAAAGAGGCAUGGGAGCAGGAUUGGACAACUGACAACCCAGAAUUUCACAGCGAUGAGGUGAACGCCAUGUUGAUCAAACAAUAUGGUGAAUUCACGCGUGGACGAAAGAAUCUUAGAAUUCUGGUGCCGCUUUGCGGAAAAUCACUGGACAUGAACUGGUUAGCUGAUCAAGGACACGCUGUUGUAGGUGUGGAAUUGAUUGGAAAGGCAAUCGAAGCUUUCUUUCACGAGAACAAGCUAACACAUCACGUGAAAUCCAUUCGGCUCUCAUCCGAGAUUCAAGGGACAGUUUUCAAAGCGAAUGAAAAAGAUAUAACGCUUUUCGAGUGCAGUAUUUUCGAUGUCACAGCUGAGGUCGUUGGUGGCCAGUUCGAUUGCAUCUGGGAUCGUGGAUCUAUGACUGCAAUUAAAAUGAUGAAAGAAGGUCGACUCAAGCAGUACACGGAGAUCAUGCUUGACUGCCUCAAGCCAGAGGGUCGUUAUCUUCUCGAGGUUUUCGCGCCCGAAUCUCCCGAGGGCUUGCCAGAGUCAUUUAAAUUCGUUUCGGAGAAGGAUGUGCACGAGUUAUUUGGCGAAAGAUGCACAGUUCAGUACCUUGGUAAAGAGAAAAUGUCAGAUGAAUCACCAGGGUCAGAGGAACACAGACCCGAGAAGUCUGAAGACCGUGCGGGGGAUGGAGGCGAGGAUACAGAAGGAGUAGUCAUGGUUAUGAAUUAUUACCUCAUGGACUUCAAGUAAUUCAAUCAAUUAGAGUGCCUUAUGUAUAAGUAGCUAGAAAUGCAAGUGUA